AUGGCCUCCCGUGCCUCGAGGAACCUCUCCUGUGGUCAAGCGCCCUCCCUGUCCUCAGUCGCUGGCCCUACCUAUGUGACUGCUCAGAUACUCGUCCAGCAGGUCGCCUAUGCUCUGUCAGACAAGAUCUUCUCCUACUCCCCGGAGACAUUUGAUCUUGAUGUUGCCGCAAAAUCUUGGGCAGAGGCACAAGAGGUGAACAUCAAUGGAUACACGACUGGGAUCCAACCUAUGCAGAUACGAAAUGGAGCAGGAUCAAUUGCCCUCGGCUACAUGUUCUCUAAGGACUUCGAUCUGAAGAAGAGGCAUAUUCCCCAAGGUCUCCUUGCGCCGACGUCGGCGCUGAAGUUCUUGAGACCCGUCCUUGAUCAGCUCUCCCUCCUCUAUUCCGUCAGCAACCCGUUUGUGGCUCAUGUGGCGGCACUCGACUAUGAAGGCGACAAGGAUGGAGGUCUGGUUUCGGACUACGUCUCUGCCUUGUCUACUGCCGAAGAUCUAGGUCUGGCUUUGGUUGCUAGUCAAUCCGCAUACGAGACACAGCAUAUGUCGCUGCUUGCCACUCUGCUUGCCCACGAUGUGCCGACGCUACACGUCUACGAUGGUCUGAGAAUCGGGAGGGAAACCACACGGGUCAUUGACAUCCUAGACAGAUCUGGUCUCAGCAGUGCGUACAGCUCGAUCCUGUCCUCGAUUUCGGAUGAGGGUAGGAAGCAUUUGAACACUGAAGGUAAGGCAUUAAGAACACUCCGUGCCCUGAACGACGAGCUCGGAACGGACUACAGGCCAUUUGAGUAUUUCGGACACGAACAACCUGAGGUUGUGCUAGUCGCGUUUGGCUCGGUUGAGUCUUCGCUAGCUGCACAGGCCGCAACGGUACUGGCCCAAACUGGUAGCAGGGUUGGAACCAUCAAUGUCCGGCUCUAUCGACCAUUCGCCGAGGAACAGUUCUUGAAACUCAUCCCUAAGGGCGUGAGAGUGGUUGGUGUUCUAGGUCAGGUUGUCGAUUCGCAGGCGGUGCAGGAGGCUGGUGUUCACUCCCGCCUUUAUGAGGAUGUACUUGCCGCCAUCUCUUAUGGAGUGUCAACCCAUGACCGCCCUGAAAUUCAAGAGCUAAAGUACGCCCGGGCUGAACGAUGGACACCGUCGUCAAUCUCCUCUCUUUUCCAGAUGCUCCUCGGCAAGGCUGCCGACAACCAGGGCAUCACUACGUUCUUGGAUAACUCUGUCCAUCGGUACACUUUCUGGAAUGUUGAUCACGCACCGUCUGCAUCUGCGGCUACUUCCCUGGCGGAAGCUCUGGCUGCUGAAUCGGCUCAGAAUGUUACGGUGAAUACCACCCACGACAACUCCAUACAUGGGGGUGUCCACAGAGUCGAUAUUCGACAAUCUCCCAGAAGCCUUGACGCUGCGUAUCCCAUCACUUACGCCAACACGGCUGUGGCCACAGAUGCCAUGCUGUUAGAGAAGAUCAAUGUGGUGGAAUCUGUCCAGCAAGGCGGCAGCAUUAUUCUCCUAUUGCCAGGUGUCAAGGACGAAGACGUCGAGAAGAAACUUCCUGCAGCAUUCAAGAAAUCGAUCCUUGAAAAGGGAAUUAGUCUUUACCUGAUCAAUCCAGUCAAUACUGCUCUCUCCGUUGAGAACCCUGAGCUUGAAUCGCUCAUGCUCCAAGUCGCCUUUGUCAGGGUUGCAUUGCGCAACUCCGAGGAGCUUAGUUUACAAAAGCUGGCAACGAUCAACAACAACCUCGAGACCCUCAAACAGGUGGCGGCUGAUCUCGAGAAGACUCUGCGCAAGGUCGAGGUGCCUAAGGAAUGGGCAGAGGUGGAAGACGCAAAUACAGCAUUACCAACCAACAUCUCGCCCAACAGCCUUACCUCCUUCGACAAGACAGAAGAGGAGCCGCCAUCUCUCCUUCGUACCUGGCAAAAGGCGGCCAAAGGCCUCCUCUUCAAAGAAGCUUAUAAUGCGUCAAGCGCCCUUCGACCCGACCUGCCCGUGAGGACUUACACUGUCCACGUCAAAGAGAACCGUCGCCUGACGCCCCUGACCUAUGACCGGAACAUUUUCCACAUUGAAUUCGACCUCGGCGCCUCUGGACUCAAGUACGACAUAGGCGAGGCCCUCGGCAUCCACGCCGAAAAUGACCAUGAUCAAGUCAUGGAGUUCAUCCAAUGGUACGGCCUCAAUGCCGAGGACGUUGUGGAAGUCGCUUCGCGCGAUGAUUCAAAUGUUUUUGAGAAUCGUACCAUUUACCAAGCGCUUCUGCAAAACGUCGACAUAUUCGGUCGCCCACCUAAGAAGUUCUACGAGGCACUUGCGGAAUUCGCGGACGAUGAGAACGAGAAGAAGAAUCUCUUGACACUGGCCGGUCCGGAGGGAUACAAGGAAUUCCAGAGGCGAGCCGAGGUCGACACCGUCACGUUUGCGGAUGUCCUGCUCGAGUUCCCGUCGGCACAUCCGUCCUUCCACGACAUUGCGAGGAUUGUCUCUCCGAUGAAGCGUCGCGAGUACUCGAUCGCUUCAUGCCAAGCCGUGACGCCGACCUCGGUCGCCCUCAUGGUCGUCGUUGUGAACUGGGUUGAUCCCAAGGGCCGCGACCGCUUCGGUCAAGCCACGAAAUACCUAUCCGGUCUCAAAGUCGGAGCUCCAGUGACCGUCAGCGUCAAACCAUCGGUGAUGAAACUGCCUCCCAAGUCGACCCAGCCGAUCAUCAUGGCCGGUCUCGGCACCGGGUUGGCGCCGUUCCGGGCAUUCGUCCAACAUCGCGCCAUGGAGAAGGCGCAGGGCAAAGAGAUCGGAUCGGUGCUGUUGUACAUGGGCUCCCGCCACCAGCGGGAGGAAUACUGCUACGGUGAAGAGUGGGAGGCAUACCAGGCCGCCGGCGUCAUCACCCUGCUCGGCCGGGCCUUCAGCAGAGAUCAACCGCACAAGAUCUACAUCCAGGAUCGCAUGAGGCAGACGCUGGACGACAUCGUCGAGGCUUACAUCAAGGAUCAAGGAGCUUUUUACCUGUGUGGGCCGACCUGGCCCGUGCCUGAUGUCACGAAUGUCCUUGAGGAGGCGAUCGCGCGAGAUGCAAAGGCAAAUGGAGUCAAAAAGAUCGAUACGGCUAGGGAGAUCAUGAAGUUGAAGGACGAGGGGCGAUAUGUGUUGGAGGUGUACUGA